AUGUCCCCCUUCCAGACCCUCCUCGCGGUCCUGGCGCUCCUCAUCUGCGUCUCCGCAACUCCCCUCUCGCAGCUCUCCGCCCGCGCUCCCCCGGAGACCGGCGGCCCCUCGCGCCGCGGCGUGUCCUACAACGACGCCAAAUACGUCGCCAUGUUCAACCAGUACGGCUCGCACGUGACCUGGGCGUACAACUGGGACAGCCGCACGCCCCCCCUCAACACUGCCUACGAGUUCGUCCCCAUGCUGCACUCGAACCGCGGCGACCACACGGGCAAAUGGGCUGCGGACGUGCGGGCCGCCGCGCUCGCGAACCCGGAUGCGCCGACGCACCUCCUCGGCUUCAAUGAGCCGGACACGUGCCAGCCCGGCAUGGGCGGCUCGUGCAUGGACGUCAACACCGCCGUGGCCACGUGGAAAGAGUACAUGGAGCCGCAGCACGCGCUGAAGGAGAAAAUGUACCUGGGCUCGCCGGCGGUGACGAACGGCGCGGGCGGACUCGCAUACCUCUCCUCGUUCCUGGCCGCUUGCACAGGCUGCACGGUUGACUUCAUCGCGAUCCACUGGUACGACCACGCCCUCAACGCCGCCUACUUCAAAUCCCACAUCAACCUUGCCCGCACCCUGGCCGCCGGCCGCCCGCUGUGGAUCACCGAGUUCCAGGCCGCCGGGUCCGACGACCAGGUCAAGGCGUUUCUGGACGAGGUGCUGCCGUGGCUGGACGUGUCGGCGGAUGUGCAUCGGUACGCGUAUUUCAUGGCGAGUACGGGGGAUGGGCGGUUGGUGGAUAAUGGGGGGGCGAGUUUGAGUAAUAUUGGGCAGUAUUAUGCGUUUCAUGCGUAGGCGGGUGGGGUGGGUGUGGCGGGGUGUGGUGGGGGACGUGGUGAAGGGUCUGGGUGAGGGAUCUGGGCGAGGGACUCCAUCGUGGGACUCCAUCGUGGGACUCCAUCGUGGGCUUCGAGCUUGGCUGCGUUUCGAUCCAAACCCAGGGAUCCUAGGGCAGAUCCAGCAUCUAGCCUGUCGGCACUCAGCAUCUCUUUCGA